UAUAUCUUCAUCCAAUUGACUACCAACCAUCUGUACGAGUUCAGUUUUUGCAGUGACUUUUUCUUUCUCAACAACUUUCCGGGAAAAUGUCGGGUCGUGGAAAGGGAGGUAAGGGCUUGGGUAAGGGAGGAGCGAAGAGGCAUCGUAAGGUUCUCCGCGAUAACAUCCAGGGCAUCACCAAGCCCGCGAUUCGCCGUUUGGCUCGCAGGGGUGGUGUGAAGCGUAUCAGUGGUCUGAUCUACGAGGAGACCCGAGGGGUUCUCAAGAUCUUCUUGGAGAAUGUCAUUCGCGAUGCUGUGACGUACACUGAGCACGCUAGGAGGAAGACCGUGACAGCUAUGGAUGUGGUUUACGCCUUGAAGAGGCAGGGAAGGACCCUCUAUGGGUUUGGCGGUUAGAUUGUAUACUUGGGGCUUUAAGAUGGUUAGGUCUUAGCGGUGCUUGUAGGUCUUGGCUAUAGAUCAGUUUCCACUGUUCUUUUGUGUUUGUUUCCUGGUCUAUGUGAUUCGAACCUUAAAUUGGAAGUAUUUGAUUUCUCUUUUCUGGAAAGGUAUUUUUUUGGUCGUGGCUCUUGGAAGUUAUUGUUGUCAAUCUGUUUUAAUAUCUUGAAGCUGGGUAAGUUAGGAGUCCGCAAGCUUUUAGGUCUCCUUCAGACUUUUCUGACGUGGUAAAAAGAAUAUAAUCUCUAUGUUAUUCGUCGUGAAUAAUGGUGAGUGAGGUUUUCAUGGGUUA